AUGUUUAGAUUACGAUAUUCACGUGUUGCUGAAAGUUCAAUAUCAUUAUUACAAAAAUUCAUUAAUUCAAUUUUUAUUAAUCUUGAAAUAUAUAUAAAAGAAAAUCAUUUUUAUUGUGAUAUGAUAACACCAACAUCAUCUAAUCGUGCAAAUCAAAUAAAACGUAUUCAUGCAUGUAGUCAAAUAUUAAUUGCAUUAGAACUUUCAUGUUGGCUUAAUGAUUCAUAUUAUGCACUACAAUCAAUUAUUUAUUUAUAUGGUUUAUUAACACCAUUAAUAUUUUAUAAAAUAUUUUAUUCAUCUGUAAAUCAAAUUUUUGAAAAAUGUUUAUCUGUAUUUGAAGAAAUUUCUCAACAAAUGCCAAAACAACGUACACGUACUAUACAAGAUAAUAUUCAUCAUAUGAUUGCAUGUAUAUCAUAUUAUAUGAGUCAAUAUUUACAACAAAACGAUGAAAUUAAAUUAUCGAAUUUAAUUAAUCAAAUAGGAAAAAAGUUCUUAUCAUCUAUGCCAACAACACAGCAAAUAUCGCAAACAACAAAUAUAAAUGAUACAACUGGACCUGAACAAUUUUCACCAGCAGGUACAAAAGGACAAAUAGCAUUAUCCGAUGAUAUUGCUGAACAAUUAAUACCAAAAGUUCAUUAUUCAACAAUUCAUAAUGAAGAACUUAAAGCAUUAGAACGUUUUGUAGCUAGAGAACGUACUCCACAUACAAUUCUUACUGGAAAUGAAGAUCCGACUACUGUCUAUAUUUUUAUUAAUGCAACAUCUGCUCGACAAAGUUAUAAAGAAGUUCAAAAGUUCCGUAAACGCCCUUCCUAUAUGGAAUAUCUUGCACAAGUUUUAGUAAAAUCUUUAAUUGAUUCAUCUAAUGAUGAUAUUCUAAAUUGGUAUGAUGAAAAUCAAACAUUUAUAUCCAAACGAAAUGAACUUAUUCUUGGACCAUGGCGUAUGAUAAUCAGUAAAGGAGAUGGUAUUAUAGCAAUAGCUGGUAGUAAUGAAAAUAAAUAUGCUGCUGCAUUAACAGAAUUUAGUCCAGAACGAAAGAAAAAACAAGCUGGAAAAAAGAAACAAUCAAAUGUAACUAGAAAAUUGUUACGAGCAAAACCAACUAAAUAUUAUUAUCUUAUUCCACCUAAUACACCAGAGGCAGUUCGUCUUGAACUUGAACAACGUCAAAAACCUGUAAGUAUUACUAACAUUUUCAUGAAUUAUAAUACAUAG